GAAAGUUUCAGACGAAGUGGCUAUACGACGAUGCAGGGAAAAAACGCGACUGGCUGACUGUCAAGAACAACAUCAUGUUUUGCACUGUGUGCACAACUUUUGGAAAGGACAAAAAAAGUCAGGCGAGUCACUUUGUUGUGGGCUGCUCCUCGAUGAAAGUUGAAAGUAUAAUAUCACAUGAAGGCACUCGCAACCACGACAAAAAUAUGAAAAUAAAGCAAGCCAAGUCUGCCCCACUCCAUGAAGCGCCCUCGGUGCAAGUUCUCACUAAACUCUCGGACGUAAACACCCAGAAGAUGAAGCUUCUUUUCCGAAAUGCGCACGCCAUCGCCAAGAAAGGUCGACCCAUCACCGACUACGUCUGGCAAUGCAGGUGCUAUGUGUCCGGAGGAUGAGCAGACGAGUCCCCCCGGUGACCCCAGCCCAACCAGGUUUGGUGUGACCCUGACCUGCAGGGACCCUGACAACCCUCAUGGACCGACAAAGAAGAUCUGGACGAGCAGCGGUCUUAACAGGACCCCGGAGGUGGAAAUUCACUGUCCAUGCAGUCCAUUCAGUGCGCAGAGUCCAUGUAUUCUUGGGGACAACAACAAAGGAUUUGGGUCUUUUGUGAAGCGAUUGACGGAUGCUGAAGCCGAGAUUGUCUGUGCAGCCACACAGCUUGUGUCUUUAAAAGAUAUACUAAAAGAUGCAAAAUCAUCCACAGUCAACAAGCAGCGAGUUGCCAGGCAGAGAGGAAUCCUGCUGCAGAAGAUGGAGGACUUUCGGCAAAUAAACAAAGCCGUGCGGCAAAGACUGAAGCAGCUCCUGGAUGAGGAGAUGGACCGGAUUGACGCAGGCACCAAGAUUGACGCUUUGCUGAAUAAGAUCUUACAAGCUGAGCGUGAAAUUGAGAUUCUUAAAGGUGACUUGGUUGUAGCAGAAAAAAGAGCGGAGGAGCUCAUGUGUCUGCAGCAACUUGAGCAGGAGAACAUGAAGAGCGCUCUCAACAUGGCCAAGUCCUCUGAGGCCAAUCGCGCUCGUACGCAGGGGCAGCUACGCAGCAAAGAAGCAGACAACAAUCGACUGACAGUGCAAGUGAAGGUACUCGAGCGAGCCCAGACUCAGCACAAGGCGGAAAUAGAAGAGCUGAAGGCGUCCUUAGCGUCUCUUUCUGAGCAGAGCUCGAAGGAAAAAGAGGCCCUAAAGAAAGCAUCGCGAGCGCACAAGCAGAGAGCCGAGCGCUUCGAGGCCGGCCUGGACAAAUGCUACUGCCAGCUCAGGGAAAGGGACGUGCAGCUGACCCUUCUUCAGCAAGAGAAGGAAACAUGGAAGCGAGAGAAGGAGCAGCUGAGCAAGGGGAACCACAAAGUCGGUGCUCAUGUGGGGUUUCUGCAAAGUAGACAAGCCAACGGCCUCCCAGUGGACUUGCAGGUGGACACCGGAAGAGAGAAGAUAGAUAAUGAAAAAAUGAUGAUUAUAGAGGUGUCCAAGGAGAGGGAAAAGGAAAGAAAGAUGGAGUUGGAGCUGCUGAAGGAGGGAAAGAAGGAAAUAAAGGAAUGGGACUGGCACAAGGAAAUGGAGAGCGAGGCGGAAAGAACAGAGAUUGCGGUCCUGAAUGAGAGCGAGGAGGACAUAAAGGAGAUGGAGAUCCUUAAGGAGAUUAAAGAGGACAGAAAGAGGAUGAUUCUGGAGGAGGAAAGAAAGAUUGAAGAGGAAAGAAAGAGGAUGAAGAUUCUGGAGGAGGAGAGAAAGAAGAUUGAAGAGGACAGAAAGAGGAUGAAGAUUGUGGAGGAGGAGAGAAAGAUUGAAGAGGACAGAAAGAGGAUGAAGAUUGUGGAGGAGGAGAGAAAGAUUGAAGAGGAGGACAUAAAGGAGAUGGAGAUCCUUAAGGAGAUUAAAGAGGACAGAAAGAGGAUGAUUCUGGAGGAGGAAAGAAAGAUUGAAGAGGAAAGAAAGAGGAUGAAGAUUCUGGAGGAGGAGAGAAAGAAGAUUGAAGAGGACAGAAAGAGGAUGGAGAUUGUGGAGGAGGAGAUGGAGAUUGAAGAGGACAGAAAGAGGAUGACAAUUGUGGAGGAGGAGAGAAAGGAGAUGGAAUGGCACAAGGAGAGGGAAACAAGGAAGGAGGAACAGGACAAGGUGUGUGGAAUAAACGUGGUGAUGGUGCAGCAGCAGCAGCAGCCCAGCACCAGCGAUGCAACGCACAAGGCAUCGUUUGCCCAGCAGGAAAAGCAGCUUGCUGAAUGCUCUGCGGCCCUUGGUAAAGAGAAGAAUGCAUCGCGAGAGAAGAACAACACAAUUCAACAAUAUCAAAAUCGGGUGGCAGAGCUUGAAAUGGACCUAAACAACACCAAGAUCCAAUGUAAAAAUCUUUUACAAGAAAUUGAAAUCCUUAAAGCCGGACAAGGGGAAAAAAACGAUGAGGUGAGGCAGGAGCUGCAGGGCGGUGUGGAGCAACUGCAGCACAUCCCCGACACAACGAGGGUGGCUGAAGUCAAGCUCCUGGAUUGCAAGGAGAAGCUGCAACGCUGCGAGAUGAAGUGCUCAGGACAGUCAGAGACCAUUAGGCAGUUGCAGUUGAAGGUGGAGACUCAAGAAAACAUGGUGAGGUCGGCUGUGGAGCGCAGAGAGUCUGCAGAGGAGGCCAUGGCAAAGCUGCAAGAGCGAGUGGACGCCGUUCAAAGAAAGGAAGAUGAGUUGCAUGAAAAUAAGCUGAAGAUGGAAGUGAAGCUGAAGGUGGAGGAAGAAGCUCUUCACCACAGCAAACAGAAAGUGAGUCAGCACUCGGACGAAUGCGAGGCUCUCAAACAGCAACUGAGUCAGUGCUCCAAGGAGUGCGAGGCUCUCAAACAGCAGAUGGGUCAGCGCUCGGGCGAAUGCGACGCUCUCGCCCGCCAUCUCCAGCAGCGCUCUGCCGAGUGCCAAGCUCUCAGCCAACAGGUCACAAACUUAACAGCACAAACCUCGAAAAAAGAGGACCUCCAGACCACCGUCCACGCACUGGAGGUUGAGAAGAACAGAAUAGAUAACGAGCUGAAGCUUCUGAGACAGAGCAAGUUGACAGCGGAAAUACAGUCUGAGAUGCGUGUGAAAGACCUGCAGCUCAAUCUGGAACAGUGUGAGAGGCACAAGAAAAACCUGCAGGACUACAUCAACUUCCUAAAAAACUCUUUUCUCAUGAUAUUCGAAGAUUCAAGUCCUACUUUUUGGUCCACCGGUUUUCUAUAGUGAGGAUUUUAAUUGUUUCUAUUUUUUUAUAUCAGUUUUUGGAGCAAUCUUGUUUCAAUAAAGUAUUCCUAUCGGUG